UUUCCCACGAUCGAGUGAACGCCGCUUGCUCUCGUCCAAUCAAACUCUCGCUCUUCGUUCACCUGAUCACAGCGAAGCCAUUUUGUCCUGAACGGCUCCGCCAGCGCAUUCUUCACCAAAACCGGAAUAACAGAGCUGACAGUUCGAACCGCAGCCACAGAGACAGCGACAGACAGGGGGGUUAUCGCUACACCACCCCUCCUUUAGUCCCGAACAACUCGACGUCUCUAGGUCUCACCACGGACGGAACCGUGUCGUAUACGCGGACUAAAGGGGGACUUUAAGCGGGACGGAAGGGCAGAGAACCAGGCAUCCGGUUAGACGCGCUGGCUCACCGGGCUGGAGUCCAACUUGAGCCGGACACUUUCAGCUCUCUUCGUCGGGAUGCACGCUGGACUUCUUUUUAACGAUAUUUUCAAUUCUUUUUGAAGAUUAUGUGCUAUUUAGGAAUAGCUUAGGCUCGCGCAGGAUUGUUUUUGUUAGUAGUUGUCUAAUAUAAGAAAGCUGGAGCAGUAGUUCAAGCUCAGAUGUGAUUUAUCUACUCAGCUGGCUGGGUACGUUAGAUAGUUUAGAUUGUUGAUCGCCUAAAUAGUUUGGUUACAUAAUACUUUUGUUUUGUUACCUGUAUAGUUACAUUGUUGCGUUAAUCCAUAUUUCUUACCGCCUCUUUGCUACGUCUCUCAUAGGGUUUGGUUUGUGUGUCUAUGCAUAUUUCUCGCAAGCAGAGUUCUUGACUGGUUAAGUCUUGGUGCCAGUGUAAUAGCAGGUUUAUAAAGGCAAGAAAACCCGCAGAACAGUUUUGCUUAUCUGAUCUCAGUAUAGUCUGCUGGUGUUUCCCACAAUCCAGUUAAAAGGUCUUUAUUGGUGAGGCUCAAGCUGGCUGACAGGUGAUAUUUUCUGCCUGAAUCCUCUGAGCUGGCCUGACUGAUAGCUAUGACAUUUUCCAACAGUUGUUUUGUAUCUUCAGACUUCAAUAAUACCAGUAUCUGCUCUUGCUGCCAAUGCUGUAUGAGUAAUAUUAGCUAACAAAAGUUCAGAUCGCCCCUCCAAAUUAGUUACGGCAUAUCUAGUUGUGACAUUUUUACUAGUUAGGUCAACUUUUCCUUCCUUUUUUACUGCAAGUGUAUAAACUAGUGCCAGUUGACUUGGUGGCUGGUUCAAACAUAUCAAACUCAACAGUUUGUAUCGAGUCAGUGUAUUUUUGUAAAAUUGUCCUAUACUCUAUCUUAGUGGAAAUACACACGUCUGCAGUGAGAUCAGGUCAAGUUUAGUGCUCGUUUUUCAUAUAUCAGAGCUGAAUAAAAAUGUCAGGUCAGUCCAUCACGGAUCGCAUUGCUGCAGCUCAGCACAGCAUGACUGGAUCAGCCAUCAGCAAAGCCGUCUGCAAGGCCACAACGCAUGAAGUCAGUGGACCCAAAAAGAAACACCUCGAUUAUUUGAUCCACUGCACCAAUGAGAUGAAUGUGAACGUGCCCCAGCUGGCCGACACUCUGUUUGAGAGAACCACCAACAGUAGCUGGGUUGUGGUCUUCAAAGCGCUCAUCACCACACACCACCUAAUGAUGUAUGGAAAUGAGCGUUUCAUUCAGUAUCUGGCCUCAAGAAACACACUCUUCAAUCUGAACAAUUUCCUUGAUAAAGGUGCAUUGCAAGGUUAUGACAUGUCCACAUUCAUCAGGCGGUACAGCAGAUAUCUCAACGAGAAAGCUCUUUCCUAUAGGCUAGUGGCUGUGGACUUCACCAAGAUGAAGAGAGGUAUUGAUGGAGUCAUGCGCACCAUGAACACGGAGAAGCUGAUCAAAACGUUGCCUAUCAUUCAAAACCAGCUGGACGCGCUGCUGGAUUUCCAGGCUAACCCUAAUGAGCUCACUAACGGAGUGAUCAACGCUGCCUUCAUGCUGCUCUUCAAAGACUCCAUCCGUCUGUUUGCUGCCUAUAAUGAGGGCGUCAUCAACCUGCUGGAGAAAUACUUUGAUAUGAAGAAAAACCAGUGUAAAGAUGCUCUGGACAUCUAUAAGAAGUUUCUGUACAGGAUGACAAAGUUGUCAGAGUUCCUUAAAGUGGCUGAGCAAGUUGGGAUUGAUCAGGGUGACAUCCCAGAUCUCACUCAGACGACUAGAGGAUCUUACCUUGCUCCCAGCAGUCUCCUGGAGGCUCUUGAGCAGCACCUGGCCUCUCUUGAGGGAAAGAAAACCAAGGAGCUCUCUGCCGACAACAGAGCCAACACUCUGUCCAAUGCGGUGUCAACCCUGUCCAACACCGGCAUGUCCUUCUCCUUCUCAUCCAGCAGGAUGGACGAGAAGGAGAAGCAACAGGCACUGGAGGAGGAGCAAGCCCGUCUGCAAGCACUCAAGAACCAGCGUCUGAAGGAGAUCGGCAUGCAGACCCCCUCCACCUCCCCCAGCACACAGUCUAUGGGCAGUGCCAACAACCACAGUGCGGGCAUGGACCUGUUCACUAACACCACAAGCCCACCCUCAACAAACAGCAUGCCAAACCUCACCAGUGACUUGUUUGACCUCCAGCCUGCCUUCAUUCCUGCUGUGCAGAGCACUCCUAUCUCCACCAGCAGCAGUGCCUGGGGAGGUCUAGAGAGCAGCACUCUUCAUCCCAUGGCUUCCAUUCCCACCAUGAAUGUAGAUUUUGAUGCUGUAUUUGGGACUAAAUCUUCCAAUAGCGAUGUGAAGCCAUCAGCUGGUAAAAUGCCUGGUUAUGAUGCAUUAGGAGACUUGUUGAAGCCCACGGUGACAGUUCACAGUCAGGCACCGGUCAUGCCACAUCAUACAGACAGUAAACUGCUGGCCAAUGACCUGGACUCGUCUCUAGCCAACCUCGUAGGCAACCUGCAGUUUGGGGGAGCACCAGGCAAAAAGUCUGAUAUGCAGUGGACUCAGCCUGGAGAGAAGAAGUUGACUGGUGGCACUAACUGGCAGUCAAAGACAAUGAGCAGCACCACUGCCUGGAGCCCCGCCCCCCUGCCACCUGCUGCCAUGCCACCUGCCGCCAUGCCCGUGCCACACAUGGCUCCUGCUCCCAUGGCGUUUUCCAUGACAACACCUCAAGUGCCUGUGUAUGGAAUGGUCCCUCCUCAGCUGGGACAGAUGGGAGGGGUUCCAGUGAUGACCCAACAACCCAUGUUGUACAACCAGCCUGUUCUUAGACCCACUAACCCUUUCACCCCCAUCCCCGGAGCCCAGAUGCAGUUCAUGUAAGCAGCACUUCAGCAGAGCGCCAAACAAGACGGCUAAGAGGAACACCAAGCAAGUAGAGGAUCCAACUACCACCAGAUAAAAGGAGGGCGAGAUAAAAAGAAAGAGUGUGCAUAUAAAGAGAAAUGUAUUUGUCAAGAAUGCUCACCUCAAUGUCUGAAACGACUCACCCAACACAUACAAACACACACCAAAUGAGAGUGCGCACAGUGUUUCAUUUUUCAUCUCUUGAAGUUCAUUUCUUUCCUGGGGCACUGUGUCUACUGGCAAGUGUGAUACAUCAUGGUAAUUGUGGAUUUUAUUGCCGGUAUUAAAUUACCAUGCACUGAGCACUCUGCUUUUUUUUUAACAUCACAAUUAAUAUUAAUUAAACCUGAAGCCCAUCACAGUGGACUUCCUAGUACUGUCACCUUUUGCUCUGUUAUGAAGAUGCCCAUGCUUAGUUCAGGAAAACAGCAUGUGUCACCAAAGAAAAAAUAUGUUUACUAGAUCAUAAACAUGUUUAAAUGGUUCAUUAA